UUGCCCGGGAGUGAGGCCUGAAGGAGGUGGAGAACUUUCCGAGGGGCGGUCAAGAGCGAGAAGACGGGCAGCCGCGGGACGCCAGCUCCCUGCCAGAACAUUCCUUCCGAGCCCGGGGCUCCACCGGGAGAGGCCCUCACCUGUUUCUGUCUCUUGCCUCUCGGAUCCAGACGUGGUGGUGAGCAGGGCAGACCCAGCACGUGCCCCUGUGGCACCGAGAGGCGACCGGGGAAGGUAUUGAACCAGAGGCCACGAACUGGGGGCCGCUGAUGUGUUUCGUUUGGCCUCUGCGGCGUUUCUAGCAGAAGCCUAGAGGGAAAGAGAUUCAAGCGGUGGUGAUAAGAAGGCACCUGGAGCUGAAGACAUGAGCCAGCUGCGGGCCACGAAGCCCGGACUCCUCGUGUGCACAGCCGUGUGCGUGUGCGUUUUUCUUUAUUUAAGGGAUCCACCUCCGGAGGAACCAGAGGAGUCCACCUAUCCAGCAGCGGUGGAAUGUGGCUUUUAUCCAGAUGAACUGUGUUCAGCUUUAUCUGAAGGGAAAGAGGCCGCCCCUCAAAUUGCAACUUUUUGUAAAAACCCUCAUGGUUCUCAAAUACUUGCUCACUUGCGCACACCAGGAAACUGCUCCAGGAUUUCCCAGGAGGUGCAUUUCAUAACCAGACCCUUGUCUGCAGAAGAGGGCAAUUUCUCUUUGGCAUAUAUCGUAACUACUCACAAGGACCUGGCUAUGUUUGUGCAGCUGCUCAGGUCUAUUUAUGUGCCUCAAAACCUUUACUGUAUUCAUGUUGACAAAAAGGCCCCAAAGAAGUAUAAGAGUGCUGUGCAAACCCUGGUGAGCUGUUUUGAAAAUAUUUUUAUUUCAUCAAAGGGAGGAAGAGUGGCCCACACUGGCUUUACAAGACUGCAGGCAGAUCUUACUUGCAUGAGAGAUCUGGUCCGUUCCAAAUUUCAGUGGAACUAUGUCCUUAACCUUUGUGGACACGACUUUCCAAUCAAAACCAACAAAGAAAUCAUACGCUACAUCAGGAGCAAAUGGACUGAUAAAAACAUCACUCCUGGAGUAAUCCAACCACCAAACGUUACAUCCGAGACAAGUGGAAGUCGUCUUGAAUUCACCCCUGAAGGAAGUAUCUACAGAUCUCCAAACAGGAGAUUCAAAGAUGAACCACCCCAUAACUUAACAAUUUAUUUUGGAAGCGCUUACUACGUACUAACGAGGAAGUUUGUAGAAUUUGUACUGACGGACAUCCGCGCAAAAGACCUGCUCCAGUGGUCCAGAGACGUCCAGAGCCCAGAACAGCAUUACUGGGUGACUCUGAACCGACUGAAAGAUGCCCCGGGAGCCACACCUGAUGCUGGCUGGGAAGGAGACAUUCGAGCCAUUAAAUGGAGGAACGAGGAGGGAAGUGUUCACGACGGAUGUAAAGAUGAGGAACCCCAGGCUCAGAGAAGUGAGGUCACCCCCAGUGUCAUAGGAAGCAGCACAGGAAGUGGCAGAGCUGGGUCUCUAAGCAGGUGCAGCUGUCUGCUGCCCCUCCAGUGGACGAGCAUGCACAGAGUGACGGUCGUCCUGCUGUCACCAGCAACAAAGACUUUUGUUUACUUGUAAUCACCCAAAUGGCAUGAACCCAACUCUGAGGACCUUCCGCAUGCCUGUGCCCCCUUCCUGGCUCACAUUCAUGUGUAUGUACAGUAGAGACCAUCCAGCUACCACCGAGGCGCAGCUGAUUCUUUUUUCACUACGUCCUACGCUGUUCACGCAGCCUGUCUUCACGGUCGUACUUUUCACCUGGUUCAGUGUAAUUCUAUUGAGAGUCUGGGACACUGUGCCAAGAACGUCUACCAGUGAGAAAGGUGUCAGUCAUGACAAGAGCCGCCGCUUACAGAGUGCCUACUCUGCUUGGCCCUUUACUAGAUGAAUGCGUGCUCACUGGGGGAAGGUUCUUUCCACCUUGUUCCAGUCUUACAAACAGCACUGGACGGUUCUACGCGUGCAGUUCCGCCCCUUUUCUGUAUUUCCCUCGGAUGGGCUUUCAGAAGGAGGAUCGAUGGGCUGGCGUGGAGAGAAAAGCAGGGCGGAGCUGAGCAGAGAGCAAGGUCUCCAAAGUGGGUCGACCUCCGCCUCACUUCUCUGCGAACCGGAGGUGGUAACGGGAAGCACCUCGCAGCACUGGCCGGGGGGUUAACAGACAAAGAAGGAAGAGCCGAGUGCAGCGUCAGGCACCUAACGUGUGCGGCUGAGUUCGUCGCGAAGGAACCCGGCACUGGAGUCGACCUAUGAUUCCAAUUUUAAUGACUUCUAUCUGUAUCAAACGCUCACUCUGCACGGGCAAGAGAGGGCCGAAGCAAUGCCACGUUAACACCGACGCAAUUCCUGCAAACUCCCCACAACCGAGGAAGACAAACGUUCGUGGGGCCCCGUUCCGAAUUUAGACUUGGCCCGGCAAAUGCGUGCUAAGACGUCUCCCCUGUGCUCGUGACUAACGAACAUUCCACAGUGUCCCCUUAAACAGAGUAGCCAUUAAACAGAAAGAAUGAAAGCGUCCCUGCCGCCACAGAUUCAAAACCCAACCCAGAAGCCCCAAUCAGAGCAAUCGCGGAGAUCACGUUUAGUCCGACCUCCCGUGAAGCAGGGGCCUUCCCGAUGACCUUGGAAGAGCAUCGCUUUUUGGGUGUGAACGUAAACUGACGA